AUGAUCGAAUGCGAGGACAUACCACAAAGCAGAAAUGAGAUACCGUCGCCUGAGAUGUGUGAUCCCUUUCCCCAUUUACAAGAGAUUUCUUCCAAAAUCCCUCCAGUUGAUCACAAUGCCAACAUAGAGAUCCUCAUCAGAAGGGAUGCGCCAGAGAUUCUAAAGGUGAGACACUUCAAGAACGGACCACCGGAGGCACCAUGGGCGCAUAAACACAUCCUUGGUUGGACCCUAUCGGGAGAGGUAUGUCUAGACCGAGUAGCAAGACCCGUACAUAUUUCAUCCUAUCAGACGGAACUCGAAUCCCCCUCGGAAGCUAAACCACAGGGAGGCCCAGCGAUCGAUGACGUUGACCACGAUCCAAAAUCAGAGCAUAUUCCCUGCCCCAAUUACUUCCGAGUGAAAGAACAACAGAAUGAGAGGGCCUUCACUUCGGAAAUAAGCAGAGACGUCUUCAUCAAAACGAACCGGGAUGAAGAGCCAGCCAUGUCCGUGGAAGACCGCCUUUUCGUGGAGAUCAUGGAAAAGGGAAUACAUAAAAAUGAGCCUUUGCCUUUCAGUUCUCCCGAGAUAGUCAUGCCUAACAACAAAAAACAAGCAUUAGACCAUCUAUACAACCUAAAACGUUCCUUUCACAAGAAGCCUCAAAUGCAAAAGGAUUACGUUGAGUUUAUGGCCAAGAUCAUCGCCAGAGGACAUGCUGUUCCAAUCCCACCAGAAGAAGUCGAAGCCUUGGGAAAGAGAGGAAAGGUCUGUUACCUCCCUCAUUUUGGUGUUUACGCGUCUAAGAAACCAACCCAAAUACGUGUCGUCUUCGAUUCAUCGUGUGAGUUCGAGGGCGUUUCCCUGAACAAGGUCUUGCUAUCAGGCCCGGACAUGAUGAACAGUUUGAUCGGCGUGCUCAUGAGAUUCAGACUGGAAAGAAUCAGUGUAGUCUCAGAUAUUGAACAGAUGUUCCACUCGUUCUACGUAACCCCAGAGCAUAGAGACUACUUGCGUUUCUUGUGGUUCAAAAACGACGAUCCCAAUCAGGAAAUACAGGAGUUUCGGAUGAAAGUUCACAUCUUCGGAAAUGGUCCCAGCCCCGCGGUGGCGACCUUAGGGCUAAGAGUGACAGCUACUCACGGCAAGGAGUUUGGAAGUGAGGUCAAGGAGUUCGUUUGUAGGGACUUCUACGUAGACGACGGCCUGACAUCAAGAAAGACCGAAGCAGAAGCCAUAGACCAGAUCAAAAGAGCUCAGACGAUGCUGUCCACUGCUAAUCUGCGAUUGCACAAGAUUGCCUCUAACUCGUUCACCGUAAUGGAGGCCUUCAAUACCGAAGACAGAGCGAAGAAUGUGAAAGAUUUGGAACUACGUCAAGACACCCUGCCGGCCCAGCGAUCACUUGGUGUUCUAUGGGACUUACAAAACGAUACGUUCACAUUUAAAGUGAACCUGCAAGAAAGACCCUUCACAAGGAGAGGAGUGCUGUCGGUGAUAAACUCAUAUUACGACCCCCUCGGUUUAGCGGCUCCCGUGAUUCUGGUCGGAAAGUUAUUACUGCAGCAGCUCGUCGCAAUGGGAAAAGAAAAAGGGAAAGACCGGUCACUCAGAUGGGAUGACCCGCUGCCAGAACACCUGAAACGUAGAUGGGGGACUUGGAAGGAUGAACUUACUAAGUUGGAGAAUGUUGCCAUACCCCUCUGCUAUCACCCUGAGGACUAUGAUGAAGUCAAACACAAUGAACUCCAUGCCUUCUCCGAUGCCAGCAAGGAGGCUGUUGGCACGGCAGUCUACCUUAGGCAGGUCGAUAAGAGUAAAAGAGUUAGUGUAGCCUUGGUUUAUGGACAAGCAAAGGUUGCACCGAUACAACCUACGAGCAUUCCACGACUCGAGUUAUGUGCCGCCGUCUUGUCAACCCAAGCCAUCAGCCCAAUAAAGAAAGAACUAGUCGAUCUAAAGAUAGAGACGGCCCGCAGAUUUUACCUGUAUGUGGCGAAUCAAGUCCAAUACAUCAGGAGUAUGUCAGAGCCAGCCCAGUGGAAGUACGUCCGCACGUCUGAAAACCCAGCAGAUUUAGCGAAGCGUGGAAUACCGACGAAAGAUCUUGCUCACUCAAUGUGGUUCAAUGGCCCUCCGAUGCUCGGACAACCAACGUCAGAUUCUACGGUAGACGGAGAAGAAGCAGCCGUUGUGAUCGAAAACGAUCCGGAAGUACGAAAAGAAGUCACUGUUCACGCCAACAAGUUAAGCGAAAGUGAGAGCCUGAGCUCGUCGCGUUUUGAAUGUUUUUCCUGUUGGUCUCGGCUGAGAGAAGGCGUAGCGUGCUUGAUAAGUAAGGCCCGGAGGCAUUCAAAGAAGCACGACGCAACCAACAAAAUCACGCUGGAAGAACAAGCUGAAAAGGUGAUCAUCAGAGCGACACAAGGAGAACCCUUCGCGAAGGAAAUACGUCUGUUGAAUGAGGAGAGCAGUCAACAAGUUAGUCGUGUCAGCGAUACGAGGAGAAAGGAACUGCUGCGUAAUUCAGAUAUUAGGCAGCUGAGUCCGUUCUUAGAUCAAGAAGACAUCCUGAGAGUUGGCGGUCGGCUACACCACUCGGACUUGUCCUUUGCAGAACGACAUCCGAUACUGCUCCCAAAGAAUCACAACGUAACGAAGUUGAUCAUUAGACAUUACCAUCAAAGAGUCCAUCAUCAAGGCCGAGUCAUUACACAAGGCGAAAUUCGUAGGGCUGGAUAUUGGAUCAUUGGCGGUCACAACCAGAUAAGCAAAGUGUUAAGGAGCUGCGUCACAUGUAAUCGAUUGAGAGGGAAAUGCCUCACACAACGGAUGGCUGAUUUGCCGGCAGACCAAGCAGAAACAGGAGCCCUAUUCUCUAAUGUGGGGGUGGACGUUUUUGGUUCUUGGAUAAUUCAAACACAAAAGUUACGAGGCAAACCUUCCGAAGUCAAGUGCUGGGGAGUCCUCUUCACGUGCCUCGUAAGCCGAGCAGUUCACCUGGAGGUACUCCAUUCGAUGGACGCCAGCUCGUUCAUUUGUGCCUUACGCCGUUUUAUAGCUAUUCGGGGGCCCGUGGCUCUCAUUUGGUACGACUGCGGGACAAACUUCGUCGGCGCGAAAUUGGACUUAGCGAAGGCCCUGAACGAGAUGAACAAGCGAGAAAUAGCGAGAUAUCUACGAGACCAAGAGUGCAAAUGGGAGUUCAACCUGCCCCAUCCUUCCCAUUUCGGGGGAGUAUGGGAGCGACAGAUUGGAACGAUAAGACGGGUGCUGGAUGCAAUGUUGUUGGGAAUUGACACGGAGGAACCCAUCCCCUUGACACCAUCCACGCUCUUAACGUUGAAAAGGCAACCUGUUUUGGCCCCUCCUGGAAAGUUUGUCGCUGAAGAUGUGUAUGCUCGAAAGCGAUGGCGCCGAGUUCAAUAUUUGGCUGAACAAAUUUGGGUGAGAUGGAAGCUAGAAUACCUUCAGAAUCUCCAAAGGAAGAAGAAAUGGAUUGACGAGCAACGAGAUUUAGUUGACGGGGACGUAGUGCUCAUGAAAGACAACAACGAACUGCGAAAUGCUUGGCCCAUGGGAAUAGUACGUGAAGCAAUCAAGAGUGCCGAUGGAAAGGUGAGAAAGGCGAAAGUCGAACUGUUUCGAGAAGGAGAAAAAAGGAUUUUUCUACGUCCAAUCGGGGAGCUCAUCUUGUUGAUGGAGAGAGACGGAGAUAAGUAG